AUGCCGAUAAAAUCCCCUUUCGAAGGCUGCGUCGCUAAACCCGGCCAGGGCAACGUCGUCCUCACCCUCCUACCUCCCUCUAACCCGACUCUAACCACCCUGACCUACAAAUAUCCUCUCAAACUCCUCGCCCGCACUCCGGGCUACGUACCCCAGUCCUCCGCCCUCUCCUGUCCGACCUCCCGCCCAGUACACCUCUACCUCCUCACCUAUGGCGGCGGCCUCCUCCCAGGCGACCACAUCGCCGUCACAAUCACACUCGAGCCCCAAACUCGACUCGUCGUCACAACCCCCCAAGGCAGCACCAAGAUCUACAAAACCGAACCAAACGCCAGCAUAAAAGGCCACCGCGGCCCGUCCCCCGCGCACGCCCUCUCCGACAAAAGCCGCCAAAACGUCGACGUGCGCAUCGGCCGCGAAGCCGCCCUCUGCUACCUCCCAGACCCAUCCGUCCCCUACAAAGACAGCCGAUACGAGCAAACCCAGAUCUUCACCAUAGACGGCACCAUCCAAAAAGACACCCACCGCAGCAGCCUCUGCGUCCUCGACUGGGUAACCCAGGGGCGCGCCUCGCGCGGCGAAAACUGGGACUUCCACCUCUGGCGCGGCAAGAACGAGAUCUGGUCCGCGGACGAGACCGGCGCCAAGAAGCUGCUCCUCCUCCGCGACUCGCUCAUCCUCGACAGCGAGCUCGACGAAGGCUGUCUCGAGAACGCGGACGAGACCCUCCACCGCACGAACCUCAUCCGCGAACGCACCCGCCCCCACGGCGUCGUCGGCACCCUCAUCCUCUACGGUCCCAUCUUCGAACACCUCGCUUCCUUCAUCAUGGACCGCUACACAUCCCUGCCGCGCAUCGGCGCGCGGAAUUGGUCCUCCUCUGCUCCUGCCGUGGAAGAGACUACCUCGCACUACGACGCCAAGGUCACGUUCACUGCGUCGCGUGUGCGCGCCGGGUUCGUCCUCCUCAAGUUCGGCGCGCCGGACUUUGAAACCGCUAAGAAUUGGCUGAGUGACAUGUUCCGCGAGGAGGGCACGGUGACGAAUGAGUUUGGAGAGGAGGCGCUGUUCUGCUUAUGAUUCGGGACGCGUAACUUUUGCUUUUUUUUUCCCCUCUCUCUUUCUUUCUGCCUUGAGAGAAUUAUGCUAUUGAGCGUUUUGUACACGAACUUUGCUAUCAUCCAUCCAAUGGCGGUAUAGAGCCCGCCCAUCAGACAGAUAUGAUACCCACGGAUAAAUCAGAAUCGG